AUGGCCGAUAUAACCUUGCAUACACAGCAUCUCAAGCAGACCUCACAAGAUGCCCAGAACGUGUACGAGAGACAUGCGCUUUGUCCUAAUUCGAACACUAUACGAGUCCUCGAUGUACAACCUAUUCUCAAUGACGCUAUCGAAGGCACACCUGUCAAUUGUACUUUGCGCGUUAUCCAUCUCGAUCGCCAACCCGACUUCACGGCAUUGUCGUACGUGUGGGGUGACCCGGAACAUAAGCGCAGCAUCGUAUGUGAUGGUGUUCUGUUUCCGGUCACCGAGAAUUGCUACUCAGCUUUAUGGCACCUGAGUAAGAAGCUCCAGGGACUGGUCAUCUGGGUGGACGCAAUAUGUAUCAACCAAGAAAAGACCAGUCAGGAAAAAGAGUGGCAAAUUCCUCUCAUGGGAGACAUAUACACCAAGGCCCGGCAGGUGUACAUAUGGUUGGGCCGUGGGGAUGAUAGGUCUGACCGAGUCAUGAGAUACAUGUCGAAAGGCGGACUCCGUACAUUUGUUGAAACAGCGCCGGACGAACCGCCACGAUAUCGACCUUAUGUUGCAGCUUUGCGUUCUUCUUUUGCUGGGUUGAGUUUCGGAUAUCACCCACUGCCGUUUCAGCAAAACAAGAAGCCUGUGCUAGCUUGUGUUUCACGCCGGGUGCAAUAUGUCAACUGGUAUGAUGUCAUCUACGUUCUCGACCGGCCGUGGAGAGGUCGAGUUUGGACUUAUCAAGAGAUCCUACUAGCUUCACACCCCGUGGUUGUAUGUGGAUCUGAACAUGUUAAGUGGUCAGAUCUAGAAUGGGCGCUCCUGUUGUUGCGGAGUACCUCUGGGCCAAACUUCCCGAAAGUCAUCAUUACAUGGGAGAGCAUCGCCUUCGAUAGGGGUAAGAUAAGCUCUGCUGUUCGACCCGCGGAGCCUAACGUACUACAUUCUCUACAAGAGCACGAAGAGAUUGUAAGGAAAGUUCUCGCAGCACGUCGGACUCUCAAGAUUGCCUGGGUUUGUUUUGUGCUGGCAUGUCUAACAGCAGCCCUUCUGGUCGGUAUUGUCGGUACCUGUUCUACGGAGAUUCCCGAACUGGGAAUCAAUUUUCGUUUUGAUUACGGUACUGAACUGGUGUACAUGAUCCUGACUGUUGGUGCGAUUCCUGGAACCGUGUUAUACGCAUGGAUAGAGGUGCGCGACUUUUUCAAUCCCUUUCGACGCGACCUCGAUGACACUGGGUCAGACUCCCUGGUGGGCGCUCUAUAUCAGAGAGCAGCUACCAAUCCAAGGGAUAUGGCAUACGGUAUCUGGGCCAUUCUACCCAAGCUUGGAGCAACUGUUCUUCCUAAACCCGCGUACGAUGCCGCUGAUGGGACGCAGAUACCCUUGGUCUACUGGCAGCUGACCGUGAGUCUGCUACAAGUGACUGGAAACCUGCGAAUCCUGUUUAUAGCCGCCACGCGAAGAAUGCAAAACACUCCGUCAUGGGUUCCGGAUUGGUCUACCUUCAAGAGCAACGCGUGGCGAGACUUGCCAGGAUUUCCUGGUACUGAUCUUCUCAGGGGCCAUCCCCAUAUUUCGUCUGAGACUAAAGAGAUGGUAAAGAAGGAACGUGCUCAUCAGCGAGUAUCCAUAGACCCUGCUCAGCGUAUCUUGUCGGUACUUGCCGAAGAUACUGGGGUCAUUUGCGGCUGCGUAUCCUUUCAAGCAACAAGCAGAACUUUCGAGGCCCUUGAAAGGAACUCUCAUUUGGAGAAUAUGCGAUCGAUGCUUCAGUGGAACACACUCUUUUCACACAAAGGUAUCUUUGCUUUCGCGCUGCACCCUAGAGGGGUGAAGACUCAAGCAACGGACGAGGUGUUGGGCAUAAUAGCCAAAGAGCAAAAGGCAAAAUUACCAAAUCUAUUCGAGAAGACCAUCGACCAAGGUGCUGCGACCGCGUUAGUAGCUGCGCUAGAUCAAAAGUUAACGCCAGAGAAAGGUGUAUUCUUGAGUAACUGUCAAGUCAUAGAUGUGCCGCCGUAUCCAGAUAGCAAAGAAAAGGCACACAGACUAUGGAAGUUGAGUGAGGAGCUUGUCGCAGAGAAGCUUGGAAUUGCCUUGCAGCUUGAUUAG